CCAUUUGUUCUUACAUAAGAAAUCGUAACGAGACUUGUUCAUUUCGCGAGUUCGUAGACCUUUACCAGGAAAUGAUUAUAGACUCUCCACCGAAUACUGAUAACUGGAAUGGUUUGGAAACAGCAUGGGAAACGAGAUUUUUAGGAAAUGUAAAAGAUAUUAUUCCUGAAAAGUACGAUGAUAUAUAUGCAAAGGUUAAAUCAGAAACUUCGAAUAAGUCUUUAAUGUAUUAUUGGCAAAAUAUUGUCAAUGAAAAAGGACAAAAAUCCGUAAUCAAUAAUCAUAUAUCCGGUAGUCUAAAAAUAUUGGACGCCACGGCUAAACAUAAUGCAAAUACAAUCGUUUCGAAAGUUUCGAAUCUUCGAGAGAUAGAUGCAGAUGCUCCAUUACCAAAUGAAU